GGAAUGCUGAAAAUAAUUUUUUUUUUAGCCAAACAAGAAGUUCAAUGUUAUUUUUCAGAAAUCAAUGUUAAAUUUGAAACAUGUGAAACAUCUUUAGAUGACUAUGAUAAUGAUACAAAAUUAAUUAAAUUAGAUUUACAAUCAAAUAUUUGUACAGCUAUUUCUUCUCAACAAACCGCGGUUAAUAUCAGUUGUGAAAUAAAUGAUGAAAAUGUUGAAAAAAUAGAAUAUCCUUGUAAUGCUUUUGGCAAUGAGAUGCCUAUGGUUGAUGCUAAUAUAGUUGGUCAAAUGAGUGAUGAAAAGUCUCCGUCUAAAAACUUAUACAUAGAAAAACUCAAUUGUACAGCAAAAUAUACUGAUAUUAUUGAUAGUAAUAUGGAAGAUACAUAUGAUUACUAUGAGUUACUUAAGGAUAAAAAAAAUAAAGCCAGUAAUGAAAUUGAUAUGGCAGCUUCAAAUCAAUUUCAUUUAAACGAAGAAGGUAAAUUAUUUUAUUUUUAGUUUUUAUAUCUUUGAGAGGCAAUU